CGGCGAGGGUAUCGAUACCGAAACACCGUCGCCCCGGCAUUUUCACCGUUUCCUUUAUCCGGUUGCUGUUUUCGGUGGAUUAAAACAAAUAUUUUGUUUAUUGUUGUCGUCAAUAUGAUGAAACAUAUUUUUGGCGUUCUUCAAGAUUAUUGAACUCAGUGCGCAUCGUGACGUUUCUAUUAUCUCGUUAUUUGAGGUAGAGCUCUUCGAACAUUGGAAUCAUUUCCUUGACUGAUGGAUUAAUAGUUUGAUUUUUUUUUAAAUUUUAUUAUUAUUAUAUAUCUGGUGCUUUCUGGUUUUUCUAAAAUUCGGAUAACAUUGUGCGUUAGAGUAAACUUCGUUGCUCUAAUUCAAGAAUGAAGGAAAGCCCACUACCGAGUGGUGAAGCAUCCUACUGGCAUGUCACUGGGUUCUUCUGUGAACAAAAUCUGCGUUUCCUCUACUGGCCUUACUGGAAUUACAUUGGUGGCAGGAGCCACCGGUGCCAGAACCCAGCAGAAGUGCCGUGGGACCAAUAGCAGUUAGCCGAUAUCAACUUUCUUCUAACACACCAAACUUUUGUGCUAAAUACUUCCGUUUUAUUUUGUUCAACUUUUAAAAGAAGGAAACAUAAAGAACUCAUAUGUGUUCGGAAAGUUAGUUUUAAAGGAAACAAAACAGUAGUUCGAUUUUUAUCAAAGAUAUUUAUAUUGUUUAUUUUAUGUGUCGUUUUUUUCUCCCCCCCCCUCCCUUUUUUUUUCUAAGAUUAUUUUAAAUCUUAGCAGCUUAUUUCUUUCAUAAUUUGGCAUUAUUUUGUUGAAUUUUUUUCUCCUCCUCCUUGUGAUCAGUUUUUAUUCAAACGAACGGGUAAAAAUACACAUUUCACAUCAUUUUUUUUUGGAUUAUUUUUAAUCAAGAAGGAGAGUUGUAUUUCAACGCAAAAAGUAGUCAGUUGCUAUUCAUUUUAUGCCAGUAUUUGGCAAACAUAUCUGUUAUACCACCGAGUGCUAGGGAGGGUGGGCCAAGCCCCACACUCCAACCCAAAAAGACUGGAUGACAAUGGAUAAGGUAACGUUUCUCAACGAGCACCGGGGCGGCAAUCCUCCGCCGCCCCCAACGUCCUCGCCACCUCGACCCUCGUCUGCUGGUGACCCCCAAAUGUUCCCUAAAAAGGAACACGAGCAAGAAGAGGAAGACGACGCAGAAGUGAUGCAGGUGGUUGCGAAUGGUCCCAUCAGCCUCCGGACUAAGAAGCAGAGAAUAGUGGAGGUGAAUGGUGUGUGUGUGGAAGAUGACGGGACCACGGAACGGCCAAUGUCUUGGGAAGGUGAACUAUCCGAUGACGAACUCAUGGACCCAAGAAAUACUCCACCACCACCUCAGAUUUCUGCCUCCUGCCAUAAUAUUCUGUCGACUGUUAUCACGACGACUCACAUGCCGGAAAGACCACUUGGCAGUCCAAUGUGUAUGGAUGACGAAAGGCAUGCAAACAAUGUGGCCAAAAUCAAGAAUGAAACUACAUCUGAAGUAAAUGAGUCCAUCAUAACCGUACGAAACAGCCUUGGCACUUGUGGAUCUGUCACAGCCAGCUCUUCUGGGCCUCACACCACGAUAAGUCUUAUCAAACCUUCCUCACCUUCUCCAUAUCUCCCUCAUGCUCAGACCAAUGACCGUCCUCCUCAUGCCCACAGUGCCCUUUACGAAUCUCUUCUUGUGAAUAACCAGAGUCCUGCCCAGAGCAGAAUUAGCUACAGUGGUCCAUACAGCCAAACACCCAGUCCCAUCCUUACCCGUCCCACCAGCAGCUCUAGUUCCCGAUCUUCCUAUUCUCCGAGCCAAAGUCCUUUAAUGGGCAGAUAUGUGAGCAGCGUUUCCUCCAUUUACUCUCACAAUCAGAGCCCAGUGUUAUCACGACAUACAACUGGGAACAGCAGUGAUGGAUCAGCUUGCUCACCUACUGGCAGUCCCUUACAGAGCCGACACAUUACUGUGGAGGGUACUGUUUUUUCUCCAUCUCAAAGCCCCAGUCAGAGUAGACGCAGUGAUUUGGACGGUUUUUCUCCAGCUCGCAGUCCAGGGCACUUGAGCGGCUCUGGUGCCUCUAGGCACCGUCCCUACAAUGUAUCAAUAUCCCCAGGCCUCCAAAAACCUGGAUCUAGCACACCUGAUCAGGGCUGUAUCCCAGAGGGCUCAUCUGCUCAUCCACCAUAUCAGUAUGCAUCUCAAGAUCACCUUGGUAUUGAAGCUAGACUCAGUCAAGUUUCGCCUCUUUCUCAACACACAACUCCUGAACCAAGAUCAACAACAUCCAGUGCCUCAGUUCACUCCAGUGCCUCUGAUGAAUCCAAUGCAAGUGACUUCUCCAGCCCCACUCGAAGGCCGUCCAGUGACAAUCUUGAAGAUAGCAGGCUUCAGUUACUUGGAGACUUGUCCCAGAAUCCUCUGGGACUCAGUGGUCCUCCAGGCAUAUCUCGCCAGCAGCUACUCAGUGGACCUUGCCCUAUCUGUGGAGAUAGAAUUUCGGGUUUCCACUAUGGUAUAUUUUCCUGUGAAAGCUGCAAAGGCUUUUUCAAACGUACUGUUCAGAACAAAAAGAACUAUGUUUGCCUGAGAGGUGCCAACUGUCAUGUAUCUAUCAGCACAAGAAAAAAGUGUCCAGCCUGCAGGUUUAAUAAAUGCCUUCGAAUGGGAAUGAAGUUGGAAGCCAUCAGGGAAGAUCGUACUAGAGGAGGCCGUAGUACCUAUCAAUGUUCUUACACUCUUCCUGCAACUCCUCUGAGUGACGAUCGUGUGCCUUUCACGGGUGAUAUCAGUAUUUCUCCAUCUUCACUUCCCAGCGAUUGCCAUAGCAAACAGGAAUCCUCUUCUAGGUCUUCCAAAGAGUCUGCUGGUGCCAAUUCUCCCGAUGAACAAAAUCAGCCUGUUGUUCCAGCUCUCAUUCAUGACAUCCUGUCUGUUGAACAUCUUUGGCAUUACACAGAUAGAGAUUCAUCCAGGUCUUCUAAUAAUCAACAACCCUGUAAAAUGCCUGACGGUGAACAAGAUUUCCUCAGCACUUUGUGUAAUGUUGCAGACAAUAGAUUGUACAAAAUUGUCAAAUGGUGUAAAAGCUUGCCUCUUUUUCGUGAAAUCGGGAUGGAUGAUCAGAUAGCCCUUUUAAUUAAUUCAUGGUGUGAACUGCUGCUCCUCAGUUGUUGUUACAGAUCCAUGUCUACUCCCAAUGAAAUCAGAAUAUCCCAUGACAAAUCUUUCACACUCUCUCAGGCCCAGGCAAUGGGAUUGAGUCCAGUGAUUGAACGGAUGUUUAAUCUGACUGAGCAUCUGAGAAGACUUCAGGUGGACCAGUAUGAAUAUGUUUCAUUGAAAGUGAUCAUCUUAUUGACAUCUGAUGCGAAUGGCUUGAAAGAACCUGACAAAGUGCGUGCCUGCCAGAAAGAAGUCCUUGAAGCACUGCAGAACUAUACAGCUUCUCACUACCCUCAUCAACCAAGCAAAUUUGGUGAACUCUUGCUUCGGCUUCCUGAGCUUGAACGAGCCUGCCAAGUGGGCAAGGACUCAUUGACUACGAAAAAAACUGGCGAUACACCCAGUUUCAAUCUCCUCAUGGAACUGCUCCGUGGCGAUCAUUAAUCACACUCAUUCGAUACUACAGUUUCACUUCAAACACUUUUUACUUCUAUCAGUGGCAAACAUUUCAUUUGCUCUUGCCCAAAGAUUAUUGACUUAAGAAGCAAGACAGAAUUUUAACCCAUUGAACAAUUUGUUUCUGCUAUGCUUGUGAUAGAUACAUAUUUUUAAAACUCUGUAUAUAGAAACUGGUUGAAAGAUAGUCAAAAUGAUAUUUUUUGUCAAUUUUAAAAGUGCAAUUUUUACUAAAUGUUAACUUGUAUUAUAUUGAAAAUCAAAGGAUAAAAAUAGUUAAUAUGUUAUUUGGUAAAUUGAAAUAUAUUCUUUCUUUUGUUAAUAUCCAUUUAAAGAAAGAAAAAAAGAUUAAUACUGAAAUCUUAUUUUUUCCUCUUUAAUAAUAUCAAUUAUCAAAAUAUUAAAUGUAAUUAACAUUAAUUAUUCAAACAUAACUUUAGAUUGUAUGUUUCUAUACAAUCUUGUUGCCUGAAAUUUCAUUUUUGUAAAGUUCCCAUUGGGCAUUUGCCAUGAAUGUGAUUAGCACAUUUUCUUUAAAAAAUAUUAAUGAAUAAUUUUGAUGUAGUUAAGACUAAAUUUUAUAAAAUUGCAUUUUUCUGAUAUUUUGAUGGUUUGCCUACUUACAGUUUGUUCAAUGGGUUGAAAUAUUACUCCUGAUUGCAACUUUUUCUGCUUACUUAUAUCUUUCGAGGUGACCAAAAGUUCAGUAUGCAGUGCUAUGCAAGACUGGUGCUAUUGGGUCAAUAACAUAUUUGGUGCCAAUUUUGUAUAUGUGUACAUGUUUUAGUAUCGAUUGAUUGAUUGGAGACAGUUUCAUUGUCAAUGCCAAAAUAUGUUGAUUGUACUUCUAUGUUGCCCUAAGUGUUUGGACUAAAGGAUCUGGCUGUAUGCUUCAGAUAACUCCUCCUUGCGGACCUUUUAUUUUUUGUAUAAUUGCAAAAGUGGAAGGAAAGUGCUAAGAAAAUUAAACCGGUUUAUUGAAAUUUUAAAAAAAAUUAAUACAAAUUAUUGAAUUGUUUUGAUGUAUCUUUGAAAGAUCCAAAAUUUUAAAUUUUAUUAUUAAAAAUGAAUGUUGUGUCUGUUGAUUUUUAGAUGUUUAGUAUGAAAUUUUUUAUUGGUUCUAUUAUUUUUGAAUAAAUGUCUAAAGUAAAUAAGAAAUACUUUUGUAUGAAUCACUGAAUUUACUACAAAUCUUUUAGAUUGACAAAAAUUAACAGCUCUAAUUUUAUAUAUCUCUUAGCUAAAUAUUAUUUAUUUGUAAAAUGAUUCUCCUACUGAAAUCACAUUCCAUUAAAGAAAAUCCUGAAACAUUCCUUUUGUAUUUAAUUUUUUUUAUUAUGUGUUAUGGCUUUUAUGUUGCUUCUUGAUUUUUUUCUAUGUUUAAGAUUAUACUCUUAAAUGUUUAAACUUAAUGAUUUUAAAAAAUUAUUGUCUAAUUAGGUUUGAAAGAAAAAAAAAUUAGCCUUUCAAUCACUUUUCAAAAAUAAGAAUUAUUUCUACUUCCCUUCUUAUUCUUUGUUCUGUUGAAUAAAUUGCUUCGAAACAGUAUAUGUAUAUUCAAACUGCCUUUGCUUUUAAAGCGAGUAUUACUUUAAUGUGCUUUUAUCAUUAGUCUACAAAAUAAGUGUUGCACUUCUUAAAAGCUGUAAAAUUAGUGUUAUAUCCACCGUUAUUGAUGUUUGCACUAUAUCAUUAGGAUAUAUUGCUCAACAUAUUCUGUUGUUGACUUUCUACUUGUAUAUGUUCUACCUAGAACAUUUUGUUUUACAAAGUAGAAGUUUUAGUUUGAAAUUUUUAAUUCAAUUUUUAAUAAAUUUGUAGAUUAUUUAAAUAGAUAAAUAAAAUUUUUUAUUGCUAUAAUUUCCACAAUGUUACUAAAAUAUUUUUUAAGAACUUGAAGGAAAAAAUUUAUUUCAUUUAUUCAGAUAAAUUUUUAAUAUCUCCAUUUCAUAUUUGAUUAUUUAACCCUGCAUAUUUAUCUAAUUAAGUCAGCAUGACCUUUUGAAGUAAAUCUGAGGUUUAUUGGGAAUAAUCCUCUUAAUUCUGAGUCAUAAUCAAAAAGGCAUUUGCACUGACACACUACCAUUCAAAAUGCACAUCAUACUGUAUAGCAAGAAAUACUUCUUGGAAACUGCAGAUCUGAUGGUAUUCAGACAUACAAAAAUAAAUUAAUAUUAUAUUUAAGGAUAACUGAAAUCUGAAUUUUUUUCUUACCAAGCUAAAGAAAGUUUUCUCAAUAUCCAAAGUUUUAAUUUUUAUAAAUAUCAUUCUGUUAAAAUUAAGCUUGUAUAUCUUCACAUUGGUAGGGGAAGUUUGCUGAGUGGAAUACUAACUUAUAUGUUGCCUUAGUAACUUUAUUAUGAGACAGAAUUUUAUACUUUAUUCCCAGUAGUCCUUGUGUAAUUUGAAAAUGGGAUGUAAAUUUAAAAAAAAAAAAAAAAAUCAAAUAGUUUUUCAUUUAGAAAAUCUUUAUAUCUCUCUGUGAUUUUCUGAACCAGCUGUCAUGCUAAUUCAGUUUUAUUUUAUCUUUGUUAUUAUUAUUUUAUGUGAGUCUAUGUAUAAUUGCAUGCAUUUUUCAAUCACCUUUAAUGAAACACCUGAAGUGCCAACUUUUUACUGCCAUAAAUGUUUGAAGGAUUGCAUAAAUUUCACCUGAUAGCCUCAUAAAGCACAAUUAAAUGUGACAGAUUUCAAAAUGUAUAUAGAUAUACGUGUUUAUUGUCAUUUUUCAAAAUUUACAUUGUAAUAUAGCAUAAGAGUACAUUAAAUGUGUCUUGAGAUUUUAUGUCUUCUUCAUAUCAAAAGUAAGUUGUUUCAGUCUUCAUAUUGUUAAUUCAAUACACUUGGAGAUUAUAAAUUUCCCUUUCAUAAUUUUUAGGUAUGUUUUAUGUGUUUUGUAUUGUAGUAUGAAGAUGGCAGUGUUGUAAAUCAUAUUUUUUAAAGUAUGUAAUAUCUGUAAAUAGAAUUUCUGCAAAUAUAAUUUGAUUAAUUGAAAAUGUCGUAUAGCCUUGAGACAGUUGGCAAAAGAAGAAAUGAUAUAAAAUAUACUUUUAACUGCUACCCAGUCUUUGUUAAUACAGAAAAUGUGAUUUACAUCACUCUGCAUUUUCAAUUUUCACAUUGUUCUCCCCAAUGUUAUUAUAAAACAGAUAAAUGAUUGCAAAUUUUAUUUCUGUGCUGAUUGUAAUUUGUGUUAAAAUUUAAUUUGUAAAUUCUUUGUCGAGUUUAAAUACUGUUAGUUGAUUGUAAAACUUUGCCUUGUCUGAAUCCUGAAAUAUUAUUUCAUUAUUUACUUUCUCUUUGAUUCAAGUAAGUGAGCCGAUUUUUUUUAAGGGGUGGGGAUAUGUACAUGUUAAAUCAUGUGUUAUUAAGGAUAAAAAGUUAUUAAAGAUUUGAAAAAUGGCAGCAAUAUGUUAAUAAUCCAUGUUUGUUUAUGAAACAUAUUGAACUUUGAGAGCAGUUAAACAGUGCCUUAUCCAAAAAUGGUAUUUUAUUUCUGAUGAAUCAUAAUUCUUCUAUAGCUUUAUUUUCAAUAAGAAACGAACUUCUAUUCUACUGUUGAUAUACAUUCUGUUCUACAGUGAACUUUCAGAACUAUUUAGAAAAAUGUUUUGUCUUUUAGGAGGAAUAUUCAGUACUUACCUUCAAUUAAUAUUCUUAUAAAGAAAAAAAAAUUACUCAAUUUUUUCUUCCUCCGAUGUAAUUAAUAAAUAUUUCAACUCAACAAUUGCAUUAGAAGUUGCAACAGAAUUUCUUGAGCUGAAAUUUUCAUUUGUCAUUGUGACUGAGAAAUUCAUUACAAUCCUCUAGAAAAGAAAAAUUCAGUUCUAUUUUGUACAUUUUUUUUACAGUGUGAUUUUCUUUUAAUUUCAUGUGUCAUUUAUAAUGGGGAGAAAAACAGGAUUUGAUAUAUAACCAAAUGCUUCAAACAUAAAAAAAAAGGUCUCCUUUUUUCAAUAUUCUAAUUUUUACAUCCCCUCCCCUUCUCAAAAAUUAUGUAUUAUUUUUUUAAUGCCAUGCAUUUGGAAAUUUUUAAUUGACUAAAAAAUGCACGCAAAAAAUUUUUAAAGCCAGGUUUUAUUGAUUGCAAAUUUGAAAGACUUGAAUUUAUUGUAUGCACAUUAUUACAAUAAAAUGUUGACAUUCCUUGCAAAAAUUUUAAGUGAAAUGUUUUUCUUGUGUAAUCAAAAUAUUAGAAAAUGAAUUCUUGAAGUUGCACAUAUCUUGUUUUAGAUAUUACUGCUUGAUAGUUAUGUUGGCAUUGUAAGUUUUAUUGUUUGUUGUGAAUUACUUGUGACCGGUGCAUUUUUUCCCUUGUUGUGUUGUAUUUUAGCUGCAGCUGCUUUUCGGUGGCGGUAUCUCCAGCUUUAUAAUUUUUUUUUCCCCUGAGAAAUAAAAAAGAGUUUUAUUCUUGUUUGUGUUGGGAAAUUUGUAAUUACCUCAUUUCUAUGUAGAAUGAAAGUAAAUAAAGUUGUGUAUAAGUA